AUGGUAGUUGGCGGAAGGACCCAAUACCUAGCCCGAGUACAAGGAAUGCCCAAACAGGUCAAAGACAGCCUAAGGAAACGGAUAUGGAAAUUCUUCUGGGGAGACAAGAAGAACCCAGUCCGCGAGGAGAUAAUCUUCGCGCAACCAGGAAAGGGCGAACAGGGUGUCCUUGACAUAAGAUCGAGAAAUGAAGCAAUACAAAUCAUGUGGGUAAAAGAAUACCUCAAGCUGACGGACAGACCGCUGUGGGCAUGCUUCGCGGACAGAAUCCUGGCACUAAACAAAAGGAAAUGCAACGGGACCCUGCCAACAGAACUCAAAGGAAACAUGUUCCUGCAAACCUGGAGGCCCAAACUAAACGGACCAACAAACAGAUGCCCCAAAGACCUAAAAACAAUGAUAGCGACGGCACUAAAAUAUGGAACAAGACUCGAGGCCAUCAAGAUAACGAGGGACGCGGCCAGAGAAAUGCCGAUCUGGGCCCACGCGAGAGAGAAUGCAAAGCUAAGAAUGGCGACAACCUCAAACGCAAGCAUCUGCCUACGAACAAAACACAGAAUGAGACUAGUAGGAGAUGCAGAAAAAAUAGCCAACCAUCUAACGCACCCACAACACAGAAGAUCCAAACGAUGUGGAUGCCCAGGGUGCGCAGAAGCCAAGAAUAUCCAAGGGUGCACUCACCCAAAAGAAUGUUUCAAACGGGCAAGGCAGCUACUAGAUAACCUGCCUGCAAAAUGGGACCCAAGGAAAAUAAACGACCGCGUCAACAGAGAAGACGAACCACAACAAGGAUGGAAGACCUUCAACCACAGGUCCGGCGAGGUCGACAAUCUGGAAGACGCCAUGAGAAUAUUUACAAACGGCCAUGUUAGCGACGAACAAGCACCAGAGGGAAACAACCAAGAAGGAGCAGAUGAACUGAGGCGUAUAACCAAAGUGGCGACUGAUGGAUCGUGCCUGCGCGCAACCACCCGAGAAGCAACGGCGGGAGCGGGAAUCUUCUACGCACCCGGAGAUGAAAGAAAUAUGAGCAUAAGGGUCCCGAACACCUUCGCCCAGACGAACCAGACAGGCGAGAUGGUAGCAAUCCUAGCUGCCAUAAAAAACAACAACCCAGGAAGUGACAUCGAAAUAGAAAGCGACUCUAAAUAUGCAAUAGAAACACUGACAAAAAACCUGGCAAACCUCGAAGACACAGGAUACAUUGGCAAAGCGAACAAGGAGCUAAUACAAAUUACUGUAGCAAAACUACGCACCAACAACAGAACGAGCCUCAAAUGGGUGAAGGGACACAACGGGCACGCAGGCAACGAAGCGGCAGACAGGCUAGCCGACGAAGGAGCCAAGAAACCGCUGAACGAAAGGGACGAGAUGAACGAAGAAAUACCCGCAAGAGUCAAACUCACCGGAGCGAAACUAUCAAAAAUGACACAAAGCCUUGCAUACAAGGCCAUCAGAGAAAUAGCCCUUCAGGCCACAAUGCGUAAGAACAGAGAGAGAACUGCUAAGAUGAUAGACACCAUACAAAACCACGUCGAAGAAGUGACAGAAGAGACCCCAACAGAAGAGAGGAUAUGGAAAGCCAUUAGGAACAAUGACUUCUCCAGGCAAAUAAGAUACUACUUAUGGAUGGUUGCCCACGACGCAUACUGCAUAGGGACACUAAACAUGAGCCACAUCCUCUCCAGAUGCGAGACACCCGGACAGGAGCAAAUAUGGGAACUGGCAAAAGAGCUCUGGACAAAAACAGGAAGAACAUGGACGCAACCAUGGAUCGGGAACAUAAUAGCAUGCGCACUCACCAAAACGAACAAGGAAAAAGGAGAACGCGACCCAGGAGGGGAUAGAUUAUGGCGCAUACUAAUCUCAGAGUCGGCCUAUUUAAUAUGGAAACUACGAUGCGAAAGGGUAAUACAAAACGAGAACGCAUCCUUCACGACCCAGGAAGUAACCAAUAGGUGGAUAGCCACAAUGAACGCCCGGCUAGACCUAGACAGGGAAAUGACAAAUGAAUGCCUGGGAAAACACAAGAUCCGAACCAAAGUCGUCCUUCAAACAUGGAAGGGCGCCCUCGACGGAGAAGAAAACCUGCCGAGGAACUGGACAAAACUAAACGGGGUUUUUAGUGGGUAUUAA